AUGGAGUUCGAGGGUUUAGCAGAAGGCUGCGUUACCACCAUUCUCUCCCAUACCACACCCGUUGAUGCCUGCAGACUCUCCCUAGUUUCCAAUCUGUUCCGUUCUGCCGCGUAUUCCGAUGCUGUGUGGGAACGUUUUCUUCCUGCCGAUUACAGUUCCAUCAUUUCCCAAUGCUCGCUUUCCAAUUAUCCUUCCAAGAAAGCCCUUUAUCUUGCUCUUUCGGACCGUCCUGUCAUCUUCGACAACGGUAGAAAGAGCCUUCAAUUGGAGAAAAAGAGUGGGAAGAAGAGUUUGAUGCUUUCUGCCAGAGCUCUCGGCAUUGUUUGGGGUGAGAGUGAGGAUUAUUGGAGCUGGACCACCCAUCCCGAUUCCAGUCAUCAUCAACUUGCUGAUGUUAGUGCUUUUGGAAUUCUAAUGCAUAUUCCUGAUUUUCUAUACAACUCAUUGUUCCCAGAAGUUGUCGAACUUGAAAUGGUGUGUUGGCUUGAAAUUCGUGGGGUGUUAAACACCCUUACCUUGUCCCCGAAUACUCAGUAUGCUGCUUAUUUUGUUUUCAAGACGAUGGAUGUCCGUGGAUUUGCUAACAGUCCCGUGGAGUUAGCAGUUAAUUUCUUGGGUGACCAUGGUAGUACCAAAAUUGUGUGUUUGGAUCCAAGAGUACAAUCAUCAAGGAACAACAGAGUUGCGGGGUUGCAACGUCCCAAUAUAAGAAGUGAUGGGUGGUUGGAGAUUGAGAUGGGAGAGUUCUUCAAUACAACUUUAGAAAAUGAAGUGGAGAUGAGUGUCACCGAGGCAAAGGGUGGUAAUUGGAAGUCUGGUCUGGUUGUUGAAGGAAUAGAACUGAGGCCAAAGUAUGAGAAUUAA